GGAAGAUGGAUAAACCGAAGUAGGAUUCGUUAUGGGCAAGGCAAAGCUAGUACCCCUGUCUGAGCCUACAAUACCAAGGCUUGAACUGUGUGGUGCCAUCUUGGCAAUAGAGAUGGCAGAUCUCAUCCAGGAUGAGCUGGAUCUGAAGUUGGAUGCCAUUAAAUUCUACACGGACAGCAGAGUAGUGCUUGGCUAUAUUUGUAACGAAACAAAACGAUUCUAUACAUAUGUCCAAAAUAGAGUUCAGCGAAUCCGGCAGUCAUCAAAGCCUGAGCAAUGGAACUACGUAUGUACAGAGGAGAACCCUGCAGACCAUGCAUCGAGGUCUUUACCUGCAUCCCGCCUGGUGCACACCACUUGGUUCACUGGACCUUCCUUCUUGCGUCAGCCACCUGUCGAGCAAAGUCAAACACGUGAGAGUUUCAAGCUAAUUGAACCUGAAAAGGACUCAGAAAUCCGACCACAGGUACAAACUUGUGCUACUAACCUGGAGGAAUCGGUACUUACCUCUGAUCGCUUCAAACGCUUCUCCACUUUUACCUCGCUGGUAAGAGGAGUAGCAUUCCUCGUGCACAUGGUAAGAUCCUACAAGCAUUCAAACCAAGACAGCAAGUGCAAAGGCUGGCAUAGAUGUAACUUACCUCGGACUGUAGAUGAGAUGGCCCAAGCAAGGAUCGUUAUCCUUAAAGCAACACAAAAGGCAGCCUUUGCAAAAGAACUGGCAGCUCUCCGAGCUGACAAAGCCAUAUCCAAAAGCAGCCCCUUGCAGAAACUCAGCCCAAUGUUGGAGGAUGACCUCAUUUGCGUUGGAGGCCGACUAAAGCACUCUCAUCUAGCAACUGUAGAGAAGAACCCACUAAUUCUGCCCAAAGAUAGCCACAUUUCACUACUGUUAACACGACAUCACCAUGAACAGGUGAAACACCAAGGCCGUCACCUGACUGAAGGCGCGAUCAGGGCGGCAGGACUGUGGCUCUUGGGAGGUAAGACGCUAAUCAAUUCAGUAAUCCACAAAUGCGUAACCUGCCGCAAGCUGCGUGGGAAGCUGGCAGAACAACGAAUGGCAGACCUGCCUCCAGAACGUCUCGAAACCUGCCCUCCUUUUACGUAUGUGGGGCUCAAUGUAUUUGGGCCCUGGUCAGUCACGGCCAGACGCACCAGAGGAGGACAGGCAGAGAGCAAGCGUUGGGCCAUCAUGUUCAGUUGUAUGAGUUCGAGAGCUGUCCAUAUCGAGGUCAUCGAGUCCAUGGACUCAUCCAGCUGCAUAAAUGCCCUCAGGCGUUUUUUCGCACUCAGAGGUCCUGCGAAACAGCUCCGAUCUGAUUGCGGGACUAAUUUCAUUGGAGCGAGAAAGGAGCUUGAGAUGGACAAAAUGGUGCAGAGGUACCUCAGUGAUCAGGGAUGCAGCUGGGAACUUAACCCACCACACGCCUCUCAUAUGGGGGGUUCCUGGGAGAGGAUGAUUGGCGUUGCCAGAAGAAUCCUUGAUUCAAUGUUUCAACAGCGAAACACUCGAUUGACCCACGAAGUGCUUUGCACACUAAUGGCGGAGGUCACAGCCAUCAUGAAUGCACGCCCACUCAUACCUGUGUCUGCAGACCCUGAAGAGCCCUUCAUACUCUCGCCGUCAAUGCUUGUUACACAGAAGUCAGGAGUUCCACCUCCCCCUGGAGACUUUUCGGACAAGGACCUGUACACAAAGCAAUGGAAACAAGUUCAGGCUCUUGCAAACCAGUUCUGGACCCGCUGGAGCCGGGAAUACUUACCUUCCUUGCAGCUCAGACAGAAGUGGACAGUGCCCCACAGAAAUCUUCAAGUUGGAGACCUAGUUCUGCUCAGGGACAAGCAGAUGGCUCGCAACUACUGGCCCAAGGCUAAGAUCAUUGCAACCUUCCCUGGGAAAGAUGGACAUGUAAGGAAGGUCGAGGUGAAGACAGUCGACCAAGGCAAUGUCAAAACCUUUCUUAGACCGAUUGCAGAAACUGUUCUACUCCUACCCAAGGACUGAUGUGAAGACUAUGUUCAGGACCCGCACAAGUUCUUAGUGACCUCACAUAGGUCAGGCGGGGAGUGUGUUGCCUUUCAAGGCAUUUAUUUAAUUUUCUCACAUCUUCUUUAAGCAAUUAUAUAUAAAAAAUGAGAUGGUAAUAAUUACUUUAUAGUUAAAAAGAAAUUCAUUUGUAAAGUUACAUUAUUUGUCAGUUCC